AUGGCUGGAAAGUGUUUGAUUUGUGAGUGUGAUGUUGUCAGCAAACAUUACGGUGAAAACUGUACUGUCGUUUUCGAUGGUUAUGGUGACCCCAACAAUACAAAACGAGCCGAGCAAAAGAGAAGGCGUCUCACGAAAACUUCAGACGACAAACAUUUUAAUGAUAGCAUGAAUGUCACUGUUCGGCAGGAACAUUUUCUAGCUAAUGAUAAGAACAAAACUAGGCUCAUACAACUCCUCAGUGAAAAAAUGAAAGCAAGAGGAAUCGAAACAGUAGUUGCUACAGGGGAUGCUGAUGGCACAAUAGUGAGAUGUGGGUUAGAAAAAGCUGCCCUACAUCCCACUGUCACAAUAAUAGGAGAAGAUGUCGACUUGAUUGUUUUAUUUGCUUUUGCACGACCAGGAAGUAACGUAUCCUUCAUGAAACCCGGCAGGGGCAAAGUGGAAUCCAAAUUGUUUUCAACAAACAAACUCCAAAAACUUCCUUUUGCUGAAACUAUUCUCCUUCUACAUGCUUUCAGUGGGUGUGACACCACCUCAGCCAUCUAUAAUAAGAGCAAAGGUGGAAUUGUCAAGCUCUUCAGCAAGUUUUCUAGGAAAAUGAAGACAAUAUCCGACAUUUUCACCAAACCCUCGACACAAGCAGACAAAGUUACACAGACUGGCGAGAAAAUAUUUUUAGAAAUGUACCAAGUGACUGCAGAUCAACAGGAUCUGAAUAGACUUCGGUAUGCUGCAUUCUUGAAUGCAUCAACAAAGCCAAAACCAAAUCUCGCCUCACUGCCACCAACCAUAGGAGCAGCGCAACAACACCCAUUCAGAGUUUAUUUACAGGUACAGCAAUGGCUCGACAAUCCUCUACCCCCGACUGAGUGGGGGUGGAACAGAGGAGAGGAUGGAUUGCUCAUUCCAGUGACAACCAGAGAUCCAAUAGCACCUGAAGCGAUACUGAACAGCAUAUUCUGCCGAUGUUCUACUGGAUGUGGAGGACGAUGUGGUUGUGACGAUGUGGUUGUCGGAAAGCUGGAAUUCCAUGCUCCAUGGUGUGCGGCAUGUGCCAUGUGUCCUCAGCAUGGAGAACAUUACAUAAUGUUUUCACCCAUCCAGAAUACCAUGUUAUGCGUAAACUGCUUCCGUGAUUCGCCAAAUGAUAUUCGUAGUCAGUGCGUCGAUAUUGAAACUGCGCAUGCCCAAGCAUCCAAACGUCUUGAGAGAGGCCAGAAUGCAAUAAUGGAUUUGCAGACUUCAGUUCGAGAUGGUAUAAUUGCCCUGAAGGGGCUCAUGGACGAAUUGAGAAGAAACAUGGACAGUGAAAAGCAUACGAUAAACACAUUUUGUCAGGGAAUGCAAGAAGCAAUGGCCAAAACACAUGCUACUAUGAUUAUGGAGGUUCAAAGGCAAUUUGAAAGUAAAGAGCGCAUUUAUAGGAGUCAGUUGAUUGUAUUAGAACAGUUCCAUAUGGUAACUGUAGGACCGAUAUUAGGACAAAAUAUUGAAUUAGGUACACCUACUAUUCUUUUUCAAAAUCAGCGGUGA